CGGUAGAGUGUCCCGAAUUCUUCGUGCAACUCGUGUGAGCACCCAUGAACCCAAUUCCGCACCACCCAAACAGGGCAAAGCGCACUUCCCACCCGGCACGCAUCCAUGCAUGCGGCUCCACUAGUUACUCGUUAGCACCAGGCGCGUGUAACCACUCACGACGUCCGACACGAGCUUUCCUACUUUCCUACCUACACAUCCGCCUCCCAUUCCCACCAAGUUCCAACAACCACACACCCCCCUCCUAGAAACACGACACAACCACAAUGCCGCCCAAACGCAUGACUGCGAACCCCGUGCGGCCUGCACGGUACCGCCCAGGCAAGCCUCUCGCCGCCGCCGCCUCCGAAUCCGAAUCCUCUGACGAGUCCGGCUCCGAAGAAGACUCCGGCGGCGAAAGCGACUCUCCGCCGCCGGCCGCAGCGCUGCCGAAGCCAGUGUUUAAAAAGAAGGUCGCCGCUGCGCCGGCACUGAAGGAUGUGGAUCUCGACAAGCGCUUUGAUGAGGGCAAGAAGAAGGAGGAGAUGCGGCUGAAGAGGGAGGAGGACGAGAGGAAGCGGAAGGAGCUAGAGGGCAGCGCCGAUGAGUAUACUACUGAGGAGUCUUCUGACGAGGAGGAGUCCGAUGAGGAGGAGGAGGAGGCGGCGGCGGAGGAGGAGGCGGAGGAGGCGCCACGGAAGGUGUUCCAGCGGCCGACGUUUGUGCCGAAGUCGCAGCGGGGGGAGAGGGUGGAGCGAGUAGUGAAGGCGGAGGACGAGGAGGAGAAGGCGCGGCAGCGACUCGAGGCCGAGGAGCUGCUAGAGCUGCACCUCAAGCGCGAUGCCGCAGCCAAGGCUGCCGGCCGCAAGGGCUGGGACGACGACGAGGACCCCGACGGCCUAGCCCUCGACGACACCGACGGCACCGACCCCUUCACUGAGCGCGCGGCGUGGAAGCUCCGCGAGCUGACGCGUAUCAAGCGCGAGCGCGAGGCGUUCGCCGCGAUCGAGGCGGAGCGCGCGGAGAUCGAGCGGCGGCGAGAGAUGGAUCCGGCCCUGAGGGAUAAGGAGGACCGCGAGUUUGUGCGUGACCAGCGGAAGGAGAAGAUGGAGUCGCAGGGGAAGAUGGGGUUCAUGCAGAAGUUCUAUCACAAGGGUGCGUUCUUUCAGGAUGCGGAUGUCCCCAAGAGGAAUUAUGCUACGGCGGAGGUCGAGGAUCGUGUCAAGAACAGGGAGGUGCUGCCGAAGUACCUUCAAGUGCGCGGCGAUGAGGUCGGAAAGAGAGGGCGUACACGGUGGACGCAUCUGGCGGCCGAGGAUACGAGUAUGCAGGCCGGGGGCAGUCCGUGGUUUGAUAAGAAGGGCGGGUUUCCCGGCGGGGGUGAACGAGGUGGCGGGUUCGCUGGCGGUACGGGCGUCAAUAGCGUUCCGGUUGCGGCGGGAGUGGAUGAGAGGUUCAGAGCAGACAGUAACGGGGGCCGGGCGCCGGACGGGAGAGAACGGGGGGAGAGGAGUGGCAGGGACCGGGACGAGAGGACGGGUGAGCGAACCAGUAGAUGGGACGACCGUGAACGCGAUCACAAGCCGCGCGACCACGGCGACCGAGAUCGAGACCGCGACCGCGACCAGAAACCGCGCAGCAGAUGGGACGACGACGGAGGUCGCGGCAACAGCAGACCGGAACGGCGCGGAGGCGGCGGAGGCGGAGAUUCCUAUAUCCCCGGUGGUCGAGAUGGCGAUUGCGAUCGGGAUCGGAAGAGACCACACUCACCGCCCCGAGGAGGAGACAAGGAGAAGCGGAGGAGGCGAGAUGCAUCACCUGUUUAGUUUAACUCUCAUAAUUCAUUUCACGAUCGCUUUGUGUAUAUUACUAGUUGGAAUGACAGCGUGCGAGCGAUACUCCGAAGCACAGGAAAGCACUCGUUUCUUACACAUGCUCAUGCUCA